AUGACGGAUGAUGUGAUGCUCACUCCAUGGACCGUCUCGCACCGACAGGAGGUUCCGCAGCUCGUCCAAUUCCCGCGUCAAGUCCCGUCAAUACGUCUUGGAGACCAUCUCGUCGCUUCAAACCGACAUGGUGCUACUCGAUACCAUAGACCUCCGGGACCAGGCGUUGCCCCUUUACGACGAACCUGA